UUCAGGUUCCUAGGGUAUGAACUAAUACAGACUUGGAAACUGAAAGAACUUAGAGUCAGCAUUUUGAGAGCCGGAGCGUGGCUACGCUGUGGUUUCCCAGUGCACUACCAUCACAAUGUCAGGAUGCAGUUCAGACGGCAGCAACACAGAGGCCUCCCACAUUAAAACGUAAGCUGUGCUAGAACAAAAAUGCAAUGAAAGAAACACUGGAUGAAUGAAAAGCUCUGCUCUGCCGCCCUCAGCAUGGCAGGCCUGCAGCUCAUGACUCCUGCCUCCUCACCAAUGGGUCCUUUCUUUGGACUGCCAUGGCAACAGGAAGCAAUUCAUGAUAACAUUUAUACGCCAAGAAAAUAUCAGGUUGAACUGCUGGAAGCAGCUCUGGAUCAUAACACCAUAGUCUGUUUAAACACUGGCUCAGGGAAGGCGUUCAUUGCGGUACUACUCACGAAAGAGCUGUCCUACCAGAUCAGGGGAGACUUCAACAGAAAUGGGAAAAGGACGGUGUUCUUGGUCAACUCUGCAAACCAGGUUGCUCAACAAGUGUCAGCUGUCAGAACCCACUCCGAUCUCAAGGUUGGGGAGUACUCAGACUUAGAAGCAAAUGCAUCUUGGACAAAAGAGAAAUGGAACCAAGAGUUUACCAAGCACCAGGUUCUGGUUAUGACUUGCUAUGUCGCCUUGAAUGUUUUGAAAAGUGGUUACUUAUCACUGGCAGAUAUUAACCUUUUGGUGUUUGAUGAGUGCCAUCUUGCGAUCCUAGACCACCCCUACCAAGAAAUUAUGAAGCUUUGUGAAAAUUGUCCGUCAUGUCCUCGCAUUUUGGGACUAACUGCUUCCAUUUUAAAUGGGAAAUGUGAUCCAGAGGAAUUGGAAGAAAAGAUUCAGAAACUGGAGAAAAUCCUUAAGAGCAAUGCUGAAACUGCAACUGACUUGGUGGUCUUGGACAGGUACGCUUCUCAGCCAUGUGAGAUUGUGGUGGACUGCGGACCCUUCACCGACAGGAGUGGGUUGUACGGAAGGCUGCUGACGGAGUUAGAAGAAGCACUUAAUUUUAUUAAUGACUGUAACAUAUCUGUACAUUCGAAAGAGAGAGAUUCUACUUUAAUUUCUAAGCAGAUACUAUCAGAGUGCCGUGCGGUGUUGGUCGUUUUGGGCCCCUGGUGUGCAGACAAAGUAGCUGGAAUGAUGGUCAGAGAGCUACAGAAACACAUCAAACACGAACAAGAGGAGCUGCACAGGAAGUUCUUAUUGUUUACAGACACUUUCCUACGGAAAAUCCAUGCACUAUGUGAAGAGCACUUCGCACCUGCCUCACUUGACCUGAAAUUUGUAACUCCUAAAGUCAUAAAACUGCUUGAGAUCUUACGCAAAUACAAGCCCUACGAGCGGCAGCAGUUUGAAAGCGUUGAGUGGUAUAACAACAGGAACCAGGAUAAUUACGUGUCGUGGAGCGACUCGGAGGAUGACGAUGAGGAUGAAGAGAUCGAGGAAAAAGAGAAACCAGAGACAAAUUUCCCUUCCCCGUUUACCAAUAUUUUAUGUGGAAUUAUUUUUGUGGAGAGAAGAUACACAGCGGUUGUCUUAAACAGACUGAUAAAGGAAGCUGGCAAACAAGACCCAGAACUGGCUUACAUCAGCAGCAACUUCAUAACUGGACAUGGCAUUGGGAAGAACCAGCCUCGCAACAAACAGAUGGAAGCUGAAUUCAGAAAACAGGAAGAGGUACUUAGGAAAUUUCGAGCACAUGAGACCAAUCUGCUUAUUGCAACAAGUAUCGUAGAAGAGGGUGUCGAUAUACCAAAAUGCAACUUGGUGGUCCGUUUUGAUCUGCCCACAGAAUAUCGAUCCUAUGUUCAAUCUAAGGGAAGGGCCAGGGCCCCAAUCUCUAAUUACAUCAUGUUAGCAGAUACAGACAAAAUAAGAAGUUUUGAAGAAGACCUUAAAACCUACAAAGCUAUUGAAAAGAUCUUGAGAAACAAAUGUUCCAAGUCGGUUGAUGCUGGUGAGACGGACGUGGAGCCUGUAGUAGACGAUGACGAUGUCUUCCCACCGUAUGUGCUGAGGCCUGAUGACGGGGGUCCCCGGGUCACGAUCAACACGGCCAUCGGACACAUCAACAGAUACUGUGCUAGGUUACCGAGUGAUCCGUUUACUCAUCUGGCUCCCAAGUGUAGAACCCGAGAGCUGCCGGAUGGUACAUUUUACUCCACUCUUUAUCUGCCAAUUAACUCACCUCUUCGAGCCUCCAUUGUUGGUCCACCAAUGAGCUGUGUGCGAUUGGCUGAAAGAGUUGUAGCUCUCAUUUGCUGUGAAAAACUGCACAAAAUAGGUGAACUGGAUGACCAUUUGAUGCCGGUCGGGAAGGAGACGGUGAGGUAUGAAGAAGAGCUUGACUUACAUGACGAAGAAGAAACCAGUGUUCCGGGCAGACCAGGUUCCACCAAACGGAGGCAGUGCUACCCAAAAGCAAUUCCCGAAUGUUUGCGGGAUAGCUAUCCCAAACCCGAUCAGCCCUGUUACCUGUACGUGAUAGGGAUGGUUCUCACCACUCCUUUACCUGAUGAGCUCAACUUCAGAAGGCGGAAACUCUAUCCCCCUGAGGACACGACGCGAUGCUUCGGGAUUCUGACAGCCAAACCCAUACCUCAGAUUCCGCACUUUCCUGUGUACACACGCUCUGGAGAGGUUACCAUAUCUAUUGAGCUGAAGAAGUCUGGCUUCACAUUGUCUCUGCAAAUGCUUGAGUUGAUUACAAGACUUCACCAGUAUAUAUUCUCACAUAUUCUUCGGCUUGAAAAACCUGCACUAGAAUUUAAACCUACAGACGCUGACUCAGCAUACUGUGUUCUACCUCUAAAUGUUGUUAAUGGCUCCAGCACUUUGGACAUCGACUUUAAAUUCAUGGAAGAUAUUGAGAAAUCCGAAGCUCGUACAGGCAUUCCCAGUACAAAGUAUUCAAAAGAGACACCCUUUGUGUUUAAAUUAGAAGAUUACCAAGAUGCAGUUAUCAUUCCAAGAUACCGCAAUUUUGACCAGCCUCAUCGAUUCUACGUAGCUGAUGUGUACACUGAUCUGACCCCCCUCAGCAAAUUUCCUUCCCCUGAGUAUGAAACCUUUGCAGAAUAUUAUAAAACAAAGUACAACCUUGACCUGACCAAUCUUAACCAGCCACUGCUGGAUGUGGACCACACAUCUUCCAGACUUAACCUUUUGACACCCCGCCAUCUGAAUCAGAAGGGGAAAGCACUUCCUCUAAGCAGUGCUGAGAAGAGGAAAGCCAAGUGGGAAAGUCUGCAGAACAAACAGAUACUGGUUCCCGAGCUCUGUGCCAUCCACCCGGUACCAGCAUCGCUGUGGAGGAAAGCAGUGUGUCUCCCCAGUAUCCUUUACCGCCUUCACUGCCUUUUGACUGCAGAGGAGCUGAGAGCCCAGACGGCCAGCGAUGCCGGUGUGGGAGUCAGAUCCCUGCCUGCGGACUUCAGAUACCCCAACUUAGACUUCGGGUGGAAAAAGUCUAUCGACAGCAAAUCUUUCAUCUCAGUUUCCAACUCCUCUCCAGCUGAAAACGACAGUUACUGUAAGCACAGCACAGCUGUAGUCCCUGAACAUGCUGCACAGCACGGUGCUACUAGAGCCUUCCCUCUAGAACAUCACGACCAGAUGUCUGUGACCUGCAGGACGCUGCUCGGCGAGUCGGCCGCGAAGCUCCACAUCGAGGUUCCAACAGAUCUGACAGCAGUGAAUGGUCUCUCUUACAAUAAAAAUGUUGCCAAUGGCAGUUACGAUUUAGCUAACAGAGACUUUUGCCAAGGAAAUCAGCUGAAUUACUACAAGCAGGAAAUACCUGUACAACCAACUACCUCAGUUCCCAUUCAGAAUUUAUACAAUUACGAGAACCAGCGCAAGCCCAGCGAUGAAUGUACUCUACUGAGUAAUAAAUACCUUGACGGGAAUGCUAACAAAUCUACCUCAGAUGGAAGUCCCGCGGUGGCCGGGAGGCCUGUUGGCGCGCUCAAGGGCAGGAUGGAUUCCGAGCAGAGCCCUUCUGUUGGGUAUUCCUCAAGGACUCUUGGCCCAAAUCCUGGGCUUAUUCUUCAGGCUUUGACCCUUUCAAAUGCUAGUGAUGGAUUUAACCUGGAGCGGCUUGAAAUGCUUGGUGACUCCUUCUUAAAGCACGCCAUCACCACCUACCUGUUUUGCACUUACCCUGAUGCUCACGAGGGCCGUCUCUCAUAUAUGAGAAGCAAAAAGGUCAGCAACUGUAACCUGUAUCGCCUCGGAAAAAAGAAGGGGCUGCCCAGCCGCAUGGUAGUGUCAAUCUUCGAUCCGCCUGUGAAUUGGCUGCCCCCCGGUUAUGUCGUCAAUCAGGACAAGAGCAGCGCAGACCGAUGGGAAAAGGAUGACACGACAAAAGGCUGCGUGUUGGCUAAUGGCAGACUGGAGGACGACUGCGAGGAGGAGGAGGACGAGGAGGAAGAGGAGGGCCUGCUGUGGAGGGCUCCCAAGGAGGAGGCCGACUACGAAGAUGACCUCCUGGAGUACGAUCAGGAGCACAUCAAGUUCAUAGACAACAUGCUUAUGGGCUCCGGCGCGUUUGUGAAGAAAAUCGCUCUCUCCCCUUUCUCCACCGCCGAGGCUGCCGAGGACUGGAAGAUGCCCCCGAAGGCCGCCCUGGGGAGCGCGCCCUUCGCCUCCGACUUUGAGGAUUUUGACUACAGCUCUUGGGAUGCCAUGUGCUAUCUGGAUCCUAGCAAAGCUGUGGAAGAGGAUGACUUCGUGGUGGGCUUCUGGAAUCCAUCUGAAGAGAACUGUGGUGUCGACACAGGAAAGCAGUCCAUCUCCUACGACCUGCACACCGAGCAGUGCAUCGCAGACAAGAGCAUUGCCGACUGCGUGGAGGCCUUGCUGGGCUGCUACCUGACCAGCUGCGGGGAGAGGGCCGCCCAGCUGUUCCUCUGCUCCUUAGGCCUGAAGGUGCUCCCGGUCAUCAAGCGGACGGAGCGGGACGGCGCCCCGCGCCCCGCCAGGGAGGGCUCCGGCGGCCAGCAGAGGGGCCCCGCCGCCAGCUGGCCUCCCGCGCCCGCGUUCAGGGACCUGGAGUAUGGCUGUCUGAAGAUCCCGCCCAGGUGUAUGUUUGACCACCCGGACGCAGAGAAGACGCUGAGUCACCUCAUAUCGGGCUUUGAAAACUUUGAGAAGAAGAUCAACUACCGUUUCCAGAACAAGGCUUACCUUCUGCAGGCGUUCACGCACGCCUCCUACCACUACAACACCAUCACUGAUUGUUACCAGCGCUUAGAAUUCCUUGGGGAUGCGAUUUUGGACUACCUCAUAACCAAGCACCUUUAUGAAGACCCACGGCAGCACUCCCCAGGGGUCCUGACUGACCUGCGCUCCGCUCUGGUCAAUAACACCAUUUUUGCAUCGUUGGCCGUAAAGUACGACUACCACAAGUACUUUAAAGCCGUUUCUCCUGAGCUGUUCCACGUCAUCGAUGACUUUGUGCAGUUUCAGCUGGAGAAGAAUGAGAUGCAAGGCAUGGAUUCCGAGCUUAGGAGAUCCGAGGAGGAUGAGGAGAAGGAGGAGGACAUCGAGGUCCCCAAGGCCAUGGGGGACAUCUUUGAGUCACUUGCUGGUGCCGUUUAUAUGGACAGUGGCAUGUCGCUGGAGACGGUGUGGCAGGUCUACCACCCCAUGAUGCGGCCAUUGAUAGAGAAGUUCUCUGCAAAUGUGCCCCGUUCCCCUGUACGAGAAUUGCUCGAGAUGGAACCAGAAACGGCCAAAUUUAGCCCGGCCGAGAGGACGUACGACGGCAAGGUCAGAGUCACGGUGGAAGUCGUUGGAAAGGGGAAGUUUAAAGGUGUCGGCCGGAGCUAUAGGAUCGCCAAGUCUGCUGCAGCAAGAAGAGCCCUCCGGAGCCUCAAAGCUAACCAACCUCAGGUCCCCAACAGCUGAAGCCCCUUCUUAAAACUGAAAACAAAAA